UCAUAUCCUGUUGCUUCUUCCAGAUUAAAAAAAUGGCCACAUUUAUACCCAUUGAUUUUACUACUUUAACUCAAGGAGAAUAUGAAGAAGAAAGCACCGCAAAACCAAGAUGUGUAGCAUAUGAACAAUUUGAAGAAAUCACAGCAACAGAGACUGAACUAUAUGAAACAGAAGAACAGGAGACCUUAACCUAUGAUGCAGUGAGAAAAUUCACUGGACUACUCCAGUCAGGGAAAACAGAAGAUUAUAUUAUAGAAGGUAUUACUCAAAAACCUGUAGUUGUUCCAAAGCCAGGGACUCCUAAAAAGGAGAAACCAAAGGAAAAAGAGGAUGAAACCCAAGUGUGUCCCAGGAUGAGGAAAGCCAAAGUUACGCAUUAUGAUACCACAGAACCAAAAGAUGAUGAUGUGAUAAGAAAUAUUAUUAGGCUAAGAGAAAAGCUUGAUUGGCCAAUGACAUUCCCACAACACACUUUGAAACAUAGACCUUGUGAAACAUAUAUUCCAAAGAGUAUACAAAAGCAACCUUUGAAAGAUGAUGGAGAGUUUGUAUAUUGCCUUCCUCGGGUUCAUUCUUCUAAUGCGCUUUACAACCCAUAUGACCUUCAGGUAGUGUCCACCUCCAAGGCUAAACACAGUGAAGAAUUUUGGAUUGUUACUGCAUCAUUUAUCUCAAAGGUUGUCAAUAAAGUUGAGGGCAUGGAUGUAGUAGAACUCACGCCUACUUUGCGAUGGCUAUCGGAAAGAAAAUACUGCUAUUUGUUACAGCAUUUCAAGAUAUUUUCCAAAUUCCGAAUUAAUAAAGCCUUUGUAACUUGGAGAUUGAAUGUUAAAAGAAUGAAGACAGAAAGGAGCAAGUUAUUUUUAAGACGCCGUCUCUUUUGGGCUGAUGAAUUAUUUCAAGCCUGCUUACUUCGUAUAAGAGGAAUUUGUGAAGAUGCAAUUAAUCUUAAAAAUAAUAAGCAUGAAGAUAAUCCAUCUGCCAUAUGUCUUGUAAAGUUGGAUCAGUCUCGAACAUAUUCUCUAGAUGAAUUUUGUGAAGAACAGUUACAGCAAGCUAGCCAAGCAAUGAAAAAAUUUGAGGAUGUCAGAGAUAAAGCAAUUUUGGAGUUAAAAAAUACAGUCUUAAAGGUUGCAGAAAGGAAGAAUAUUAGAGAUUAUUUUGAGCCCAACCUCUCUGCAAGUGAUACAGAACAUUUCAAGCUGCCUAAAUUUCGACGUCUGUUAGAAACAGUUUUCCGAUUCCUGGUGCUGGUUGACUACAUAUUUCAGGAACUCCUCCGACAGCUUAUGAACACUGCAGUCACACUUCUCUGGGAACUCUUUGAUGGGUCUGCUAACAUGCCAUUCUCAAAGGAAGAAAAGAAUAAUAAUCUCAUCAGGACAGUGAAGGAGAGCUUUGUCUGCAAUGGAAAUAUAAUAACUGAUUGUGUUGAAAUUGAUUCAACUUCACAGGCUGUUUUGGUUCAGCAGUCGGAAGAAGAAAUAGAUACUGAUAUUAACAAGACUUUGAAUUUGCAAACAAUAUAUGCACCAAUAUUUGAAGUAAAUCUGCGCUUGAGAGAGUAUACUGAGAGUAAUUCAUCAGAAGACUCCAAAGAGAACUUUCACGAAUGUGCCGACCAAUACUCUGAAAAAUACGUGCUGUGCGAAGAAGCCAAAGAGUCGGAGAAUGCAGACGACUACUACGACAGCUCUAACUUCUCUGAAGAACUCCAGAAAACCAAGAAAACAAACAAGUUCCUGUAUAGCCUUGAGUAUAUUCUAUCAGACACAGAAUUCACAACUGAGUUUGCGAAUAAGUACAUACAUGGCAAACUUUCAGCUUUCCCUAUCUAUCUCUCUGUGGAUCCUAACAGAUUGGAGUUUUCUAUGAAAAUUCAAGAUAUGUUGGCCAAAAUUGAAAAACGUAUAACCACAAUCACUCCUCUAUGCCAAGAUGCCCGGCUCUCUAUAUUUACUGAGUUGCUUCCAAUUACGAGUUUAUCUAGUGAUAGAGAAUGUCUUAAAAAAACUAAAAAGACUGAGUGGCCAGAUCAUCAGCUGCUUUUUGAAAUGGAUCCUGACUACCAGAAUAAAAUUGUGAAUCUGCUGACCAUCAUUGGUAAUUGCAUGGGCCUCGUCAAUGACUACAGCUCCACAUUUAUCAAGUACAACAUCAUGAUAGAGAAAGCCAAGAUCAUCAGUGUGGAACUGCCAUCUAUGGGAGAAUUAACUCCAAAAGAGUUUAAAAUUCUACUCAAUAAACUCCGAAACUAUCACGGGCAUAUGGUGGAUAUGGUCGUUGAAAAGCGCAUUGGUAUUUUCAAAGUUACAACUCUUGAGUAUCAGUCACAAUGUUUACCCUGUGUUGACAACUCCGUACACGUGAUUCACACCCUCUUGGAAUCAGUCCUCGCAAGAAAAAAUGCAAAUCUACUGGCAGUCGUAGAAUCAUCAUUGCGACAGCUGGAAUGUAAUCCCAUUGAAAUAGAAGAAUUUGUGGAACAUUUUGGUUUUUUGGACACAAUUUCUUCAAAAAUAUCUCAGUUGCAAAAUGAGCAUGUGGCAAUUUCUCAACUGUAUUCUGUUGUGCAGAAUUUCCAGAUCCAUAUUUCAGAACAGCUAAUUGCAAUGUAUAAAGUCCUCCUGGCCAAGUUUAGUCAACUGAAAACAUCAGUGAAGUUACAUGAAACAGAUAAAGAUGCUACCAUGAUUAAAUUCAGAGACAAUUUGGAAGCAUAUGUCACUGGUCUACGGGUUGAUGUUAGUAAUUUAAAAGCAAAAAUAAGAACCCCUGUUCUGUUGUGUGUUGGUACUCAAAUGGCAACCGCUAAGGAGAUGAUUCAGACCCUGUCUGAGGAGGCUGCAAGCUUAGCUCACAGAGUCAGAUCAUGUUCCAGCUAUCAGGACCGCUUCGAUGACCGCCACUUCUCAAUGCAUUCUCUCACAAUGGAGGAAAUUACACAGAUUGUGUUCACAGAAAUCUCUGACAUCCAGAGUGACUUAAGUCUGAGGAAGUUGCUGUGGCAAACACGAGAGGAGUGGGCUACCCUCUUCCAGGGAUGGAAGAAUUGUUUUCUUCAUACUAUUGAUGUAGAAUCGAUACAGAAAAGUGUCUUCAAGUGCAUGCACACAAUCCUUCUACUUGAAAAAGGCUUGCCUGCCAAUGAUGUGCUCACAAAUCUUAAGCAAUCAGUGACAGAGUUUAAGCACAAGUUGCCUGUCAUCGUAGCCCUGGGAAACCCUCAUCUCAAGGCCAGGCAUUGGGAGGCUCUCCAAGAAAUCACUGGGAAGUCCAUUACCCUUUCCAAAAGCUGUACAGUAGAGGACCUUCUAAACCACAAGGUAUUUCAUUAUGAGCAUGAGAUCAAAGAAGUGUCCGCCUCAGCAACUAAUGAAGCUGCUCUUGAAAAGCUGUUGUCCAAGAUUGUUCAUCUUUGGAACACCACGCCCUUACAUUUAGUCCUUCAUCGCACAGAGAACUAUUCUGUCUUAAUAAUUUCAUCCUUAGAUGACAUAUUCGCUCAGUUAGAAGAUUCUCAAGUCAUACUGGCAACGAUUAAAGGAUCUCCCUAUGUUGGGGCCAUUAAGGAUCUUGUGCAUGAAUGGACUAAUAACCUGACUGUAUUCUCUUAUGCCCUUGAAGAAUGGAUGACUUGUCAAAGAAACUGGCUUCGUGUUGAGCCAGUCUUUAACUGCCUAGAAAUACGAAGGCAGCUCCCAGAAGAAACGGAAGUUUUCUCUCAGGUGAUUUCCACAUGGAAAGAAAUAACAUCCAAACUACAAAACAGACUGAAUGCUUUGCAAAUAACCAUCUCUAAAAGAAUACCUGAAAUUCUGAAAACUUGUAAUAAACAUCUUGAGUUUAUAAAGAAAAGGCUUGAGGACUACCUUGAAAUGAAAAGGAUGAUUUUCCCCAGAUUUUACUUCCUCAGCACCGAUGAGCUGCUUGCAAUCCUAGCCGGCAGCAGAAACCCUGAGUCUGUACAGCCUCAUCUAGUGAAGUGUUUUGAGAAUGUGAAGCAGCUGAUGAUAUGCAAACAGGAGAUCGGCCCCUCUACCAUAAGGAUGCUCAUGUCUGCUGAAGGCGAAGGCCUCGUGCUGAACAAGAAAAUUCAUGUAAGAAGUGCUGUGGAACAGUGGCUAGUAAAUGUAGAAAAAAGCAUGUUUGAAGCAUUAAAAAAAUUUGUAAAUCAAGGAAUUAAAGACUGGUAUUGCCAGGUUUUUCCCUUAUGGGCUGUAACUCAUCUGGGACAAGUAGUACUCACUGUGAGUCAGAUCAUGUUUUGUUCUGACUGCAUUAAAAGUUUCAUGAGUUAUCAACCAAAAGAAGCAUUGGAGAAAGUCCGUGCCGGCGUGCUGGAUCGUCUAGAACAGCUUGCAGAACUGAUGCUGCGGGACGCUUGUAACUCUCGAAGGAAAGCCGUGCUUGGGGCCUUGCUCAUCCUGUAUGUUCACUGCAGAGACUUGGUGAUAAAUUUACUGCUUAAAAAUGUCUUCAAGGCAGAGGACUUUGAGUGGUCAAGACAUUUACAGUACAAGUGGGAUGACAAGCAGAAGUUAUGCUACGUAUCUCAAGGACAUGCCACUUUGGCUUACGGCUAUGAGUACUUGGGCUGUACCCCAAGGCUGGUCAUUACGCCCCUCACAGACAGAUGCUGGUUAACCUUCCUGGGAGCACUCCACUUGAACCUAGGAGGUUGUGCUUCUGGUCCAACAGGUGUAGGAAAAACAGAGACUAUCAAAGACCUAGCCAAAGCCUUAGGCAAGCAUUGUGUGGUCUUCCACUGUCUUGAGAAUUUGGAUUAUAAGACUGUGGAAAAAUUCUUUUUUGGGCUGGUUCAGUCAGGAGCCUGGUGUUGUUUUGAUGCCUUCAAUCGAAUUGAUGUAGAAGUUCUUUCUGUUUUGGCCUCCCAGAUCCUAACCAUUAAGUGUGCGAAAGCCGGCUAUUCCGUCAGGUUUGUACUGGAAGGAAAAGAGAUUCGUAUCAAUAUGUCUUGUGCAAUAUUCAUCACCAUGACACCUGGUUACCCAGGUCGAGUAGAGCUCCCACAUAACUUCCAAUCUCUGUUUCGCCCAGUGGCGAUGAUGGUGCCCGAUUAUCGAAUGAUUGCUGAAACCAUUCUGUCUUCAGCUGGGUUCAAGGCUUCCAGAUCACUCUCUGGAAAGCUGGUCAGCCUUUGUGAAUUAGCUCACAAACAGCUCUCCCAAAAGGAUCAUUAUGAUUUCGGCUUGCGGUUUCUGAAGACAGUCUUACUAAUUGCUGAAAAGGAGAAACAGCGGUUUGGAAGUGAUGCGUCUGAAGCAGCCGAAACACUGAUCAUUACCAAGGCUAUAAGAGAAGCUAGCUUACCAAAAUUUCCUCCUGAAGAUAUUCCACUUUUUGAAAUGAUUGUAGAAGAUAUUUUUCCUUCAGUGACAACCACAAAAGUAAAUCCGUCUGCCUUGGAGAAAGUAAUACGUGUUGCAACACAACAGUUAAGUUUGCAACAUUGGCCACCCCAGAAAGAGAAGGUCAUACAGUUUUAUGCUCAACUUCAGGUGUGUGUUGGUGUGAUGUUAGUGGGCCCAACAGGUGGAGGAAAGACUACAGUCCGGAGAAUUUUAGAAAAUGCAUUAAUACUGUUGCCAAUUGCUGACUUACUGUCGGUUACAGAAAGACAGUCUGCUUCAAAGAUUCCGGGCAAAAAAGGGAAAAUAGAUGUCUGUGUGUUAAAUCCAAAAUGUAUCACUCUCGAUGAACUGUAUGGGCGGCUGGACCCUAAUACAAAGGAGUGGACUGAUGGAUUAUUGUCAGCAGUGAUUCGAAGUUAUGUUUAUGUGAACACUGAUCUUGGACCAACUUCAAGAAUCUCAGAUGUGUCUAAUGUUUUCAGGCUGAAUUCUUCAGAUACAGCAGAUAUUGAUGAUGAUAUUGUGAAGGAAAUAGAGAAAAAUGUUAAAAUAUCAGAAAGUCACAAUUUUGAUUGGCAAUGGAUUGUCUUAGAUGGUCCAGUGGACACAUUGUGGUUAGAAAAUCUGAAUUCUGCACUGGACAACACCAGGAUGUUGUGCCUAGCUAACAGUGAGAGAAUAGCUUUAACUAGUAGGAUCAGAGUGAUUUUUGAAGUGGACAGUCUCUCUCAGGCCAGUCCUGCCACUGUCAGCCGGUGUGCAAUGGUCUACCUGGAUCCUGUUGACCUGGGAUGGGAGCCUUAUGCUAAGUCAUGGCUUUUGAAAACGUCUAAACUUAUUGGUCAGUCAGGAGUGGAUUGUCUUGAAUUCCUGAUUAAUGGAAGUGUCACCAAUGGGCUACAAUUUCUCAAGAAACAUCGAAAGUUUCAGCCGUAUCCUGUCCAGGACGUAACAAUUGUCGUAACUCUCUGCAGGAUUCUUGAUGCCUUCUUUGAUUUGAUGAGUAAAAAUGGAGGGUUUGGAGAAAGUGGUGAUUUGAAUGGCACUUUAAGUAAGAAUGCAAGUUCGGCAAAUGUUUCUACCAAACUCCAGGACACAGGAAAGAGAAAAUACAGUGUUUGGUACCUGGAGAAAAACCCUGAUAAGUUAACUGUCAUGAUUCAAAAACUGUUCGUGUUUGCAUUUACUUGGGCGUUUGGAGGAACUUUGAAACGUGAGGAUGAGCAUGAAGAGGAUGAACUGUUUUGUUCCACGUCCGAACCUGAUUCUCUUGCAGGAGUAACCUAUGAUUUUAACAAAUUCGUGCAUGAAGUGUUUGAAAACAAUUCACAAAUAAGAAUCAACCUACCAGCUGGUGAACGUUCCAUCUUUGGGUAUUUUGUGGAUAUACAGCAGUGUGAAUUUGUACCGUGGUCAGAUUUAGUUCCUAGUGCUGAGACACCGAUUCACAGAGGAACUUCGUUACUAACUGAUCUGCAACAAUCAAGUGAUAACUUCCUGAAGAAGAUGGAAAAUGGAGAGAGCAUCCGUUACACUGCGACCAGAGACACGACGUGCCUUUCUUUCCUCAUGAGCAUGCUUUUGAAGAACUCCUACCCCGUCCUUCUCACAGGAGACUCUGGUGUUGGGAAAACCGCUACUAUUAACCAGAUGCUUGGAAAGCUGGGGAGCCCAGGAGCAUUUUAUAUAAAAUACGGGUCAAUUUUAGGAAAUGUCCUAUUACAUAGUGAAAUUAAAAAGUCAAGCCUACAACAAAAUAUCAGCCUCUUGAUUUCUGAAUCGCAAAAGAUGGCAUCUGAAAGUUCAGAUGAUACUACCAAAACGAAGCAAACCACGAGUGAUGAAAAUUCAUUGAAAAAUUUUAAUAAAGGAAUUAUACUCUCUACAAUAAAUUUUAACAUCAAUAUGACAGCUGCCAAAACCAAGGAGAUGAUUCUCAAGAACCUAAUACUGAGAACUAAAGACACUCUUGGAGCACCGAAGAACAACAGGCUUAUAGUAUUUAUUGAUGACCUGAAUACGCCAGUACCAGAUACGUAUGGAACUCAUCCAGCCCUGGAGUUGAUCAGACAAUUACUAGAUUUGGGAGGAAUUUAUGAUACUGAAAAAAAUGUGUGGAAGAACAUCCAAGAUCUCUCCAUAGUCACGUCUUGUGUUCCGCUGAUUGGUGGGAACGACAUUAGCCCGCGUCUGCUCAAGCAUUUUUCCAUAUUGGUAAUGCCUCCUCCUCCACAAAGUGCCCUGAGUAGUAUUUUCCAGGCUCAUUUGGGAAUCUAUUUCGCACUCAAUAACUUCACAUCUGAUGUUCAGAAAAGCAAGGAUAUGAUAACAUGUUGUUCUGUGGAUAUAUACCAGCAUGUGUCUCAGAACAUGUUACCAACUCCAGCAAAAUGUCAUUACAUGUUUAAUCUGAGAGAUGUGUUUAAGCUUCUGCAAGGACUGCUGCAAGCGGACAAGAGCGUCAUCACCUCCGUAGAGAGGGCUGCCCUGCUCGUGGCUCACGAAGCAACCCGCGUGUUCCACGACCGCCUCACAGAGCCCACGGAAAGACGCCUUUUCUAUCAGCUGCUGGCCAAGGACAUAGAGAGCCAUUUUCAGAUUUCGUGGACUCCAGAAAACCUGAUGAACGAUCCAACUGUAUUUGUGGACUUCUUGGAUGUCAACAAGAUUCAUAGAAAAAAGAUCUAUCAGCAUACCAGGGACUAUAAUAGGCUUGCCAGUGUACUUAAUGAAUUCCAAAUGAAGUUGGGUUCCAAGUUCACAGAGAUCACUUAUCCCAUGGUGUUUUUCAAGGAGGCCAUCCAGCAUAUUGUAAGAACGGCAAGGGUCCUUCGACAGCCUGGGAGUCACAUGUUACUGAUUGGGACAAAGGGAUGUGGAAAAGAGAGUUGCACGACCUUGGCCUGUUACUUAACAGAACACAAACUGUAUCGAGUGCCUGAGUCUCCCAGCUCUGGGUACGCAGAGUUCAGAGAAGUCGUUAAAAAGGCUUUUAUUCAAGCAGGACUAGAAGGGAACCCCACUGUGGUGAUGGUCUCUAACUUACACCUAGAUCAACUAUUCAUUUUGGAAGAUUUGAAUUGCCUUGUCAACUCAAGGAAAAUGCCUGAUUUGUUUGAAAAUGAGGAGUUGGACAACAUCAUAAUCAGAAUCAGAACAUUGGUCAAAGAUCCUGGCUACGUGGAUGAUAGACAGUCUUUACUUGCGUUAUUCCAAAAGAAAGUGUAUGUGAACCUGCAUGUUUUUGUGGUCAUGAGCCCUUCAGGACCCGGUUUCCGCCAGUACUGUAGAGCGUAUCCGUCUGUGGUUAGCUCCUGCACAAUUGAUUGGUACGAAAAGUGGCCAAAAGAAGCUCUCCUUAUAGUAGCCAACUCUUUCUUAAGAGAAAAAGUGAAUUUAGAGAAUGAAGAGGACUUGAGAGAGAGUCUUGCCCUAACGUGUGUCCAAAUCCACAUGAGCAUGGAAGACUUGAGCACAAGAUACUUUGAAGACACAGGAAGGCAUUAUUUUAUCACUCGAAGUAGCUUCUUGAAAUUCCUGGGGACAUUUGCACACAUUGUGCAGUCACGAGAGGACAAGAUGCAAACCAAAAGGAGUCGUUUCUUUAUGGGUCUGUCCAAGAUCCUGGAAGCAAGCACAGUGGUUAUAGACAUGCAGAAUGAACUGGCAAUCCUUGGGCCUCAGAUAGAGCAGAAAACGAAGGAAAGAGAAAUCCUAAAGGAAAAAAUAAGGAAAGAUUCACAAAUCGUUGAGAAAGUUCAGAUACUUGUGAAACGGGAUGAAGAAAUUAUGGCAGAAGAAGUAAGAAUUGUGGAAGAAUAUGCUCAGAAAACUGCCAAUGAGCUGAGGAGUGUGAUGCCAGCUCUAGGCAAGGCAGUUGGGGCCCUGAACGCCCUGGAUAAAGCUGAUGUCACUGAAUUAAGAGCAUAUGUGCGGCCUCCCUUGCUUAUACUGACUGUCAUGAAGGCGGUGUGUAUUCUUCUGCAAAGGAAACCUAACUGGAAGACAGCUAAGUUACUGCUUGCAGAAACUGGUUUCUUAAGAAAAUUGAUUAACCUUGACAAGGACAGCAUACCUGAUCAGGUUUUCAUGAAGCUGAAAAAAAUUGUAACCUUACCUGAUUUCAAACCCAACAAGAUUGCUCUGGUUUCCAUUGCCUGUUGCUCGAUGUGCCAGUUUAUUAUAGCUUUGAAUAACUACCACGAGGUCCAAAAGCUGGUGGGGCCUAAGCAAAUCCAAAUAGCUGAAGCUCAAAAUAUUCUUAAAAUCUCACGGAAAAGGUUGGCUGAAAAACAAAGAGGCUUACAGCUGAUUGAGGAUCAUUUGCUGUUGCUACAGGCAACCUAUAAAAAUAUUAUUGCUGAAAAACAGCAAUUAAUUAGUUCGAGAAGACUGGCCAUCAGACGCUUUCAGUGUGCUUCUGUCUUACCAACUGUCCUGGAAAGUGAAAAAACUCGAUGGCAAGAUAUAAUCAGUCAGCUGGACAGCAGCUUGCAGGGCCUCUGGGGCGACGCCCUCCUCUCCGCAGCGUGUAUCGUCUACAGCGGAGCCUUGACGCCAGCCUUUCGCCAGUUGGUUGUGAAUAAAUGGCAGGAUUUCUGCAUUCAAAACUGCGUUUCUUUGUCUUCCCACUUUUCUUUAGUUGACGUCAUGGCCCAAAAGUAUGAGAUCUACCGGUGGCAUAACCAAGGACUGCCUGUUGGUUGGUAUUCAACAGAGAAUGCCAUCAUGAUCAAGAACAGCCUGCAGUGGCCCCUGCUCAUCGACCCGCACAAGCAGGCGUACAACUGGAUCCGCCAGAUGGAAGGCUCCAAGCUGCAGGAGCUCUCCGUGGAGGACAGCAGUUACACCAAAAAGAUGGAGCAUGCUAUGAAGAUGGGAGACAGCGUCCUCCUGCAGAAUCUCCCUGAAACAUUAUCUCCAGACCUGAAGGUGAUUCUGAAGAAGCGGAUCUAUCAGAAAAGGGGGCAGUCUUUCAUGAAGAUUGGCAGUUCAGAGGUUGAAAUCAAUGCCAACUUUAGGUUAUACUUAUCUACAGCAAUAGAUAAUCCCCACAUCCUUGCGUCUAUUUAUAACUUUGUUACUGUGAUCAACUUUACCGUCACAUUCCAAGGUCUGGAAGAUCAUCUCUUGUCCACAGUGGUAACACAUGAAGUCCCUCAUUUAGAAAGUCAACGCCACCAGUUGUUACAGAGUAUUUCCCUUGACACACUAACCCUUGAGGAGCUGGAUGAGAAAACAUUGGACUUGCUAGAGAUCGCACAAGGAUGUGUAAUAGAGGAUGAAAAGGUUGUAGUCUCCUUAAGAAAAUACAGGAUGAUGUUAGAUGAAACAUUGAAGCAUAUCGAAGCAGCAGAAAAAGCCAAAGCCGAGGCCCAAGCCCUGCGUGAAGACUACCUCCCUGUCGCCACCCGCGGUGCCCUGCUCUACUUCCUGGUGGCUGAUCUGGCUCAGGUCAGCGCCUUGUACCAGUUCCCCCUGGACUGGUUCCAGCAGGCUUUUGCUUCCGCCAUCAUUACCCAAAGCGAAGAGCAAGAACAUGGCACAAGAAAGGAAAAAUUGUCUCUGAAAGAAGUUUGUGAGAUUACAAACAUUCCAAAAGAACCUAACAUGGGAAAUGAGAAAAAUCUCCUGAGCUCGUAUAUUAAAAAUACAGUAGUGGCAUUGACAAGAAGUAUUUUUCAGUUGGUUUCCUCAGCUCUGUUUGAUCAACAUAAGCUUUGCUUUUCUUUUCGGCUUUGCACUGCUAUCAUGCAAAAUAAUGCUCAUGCAAACCUAACGCAUGACGACGUCGGAGUUUUACCGGAAAAAGAAUGGGACAUCUUCUUAAAUUCUGGCAAAUUUACAAAUAUUCCAAGUGCCCAGCCUAAACUUAAUAAUGCGCUUGAAAUGCCUGAUCCCCCUGCUCGGUGGCUGUCGGCUUCACGGUGGCAGCAGUGCGUGCAUGUCAGCAGUCAGCUGAAACCGUUUGCACUUCUCUGCGAAUCCCUGUUAGCCAACGUGCCCCAGUGGGAUGCCUUCAAGAGCAGUGAGGAUGUGUAUUGUCUGAUCAGCACACGCUUCUCAGAAAAUGCAGAAACAUCAGAAGAAACUACAGAAUCAUUCGAGGACACUGAACUUCUGAAGGAAAAUGAAGGCAUGCAUCAUCCUACGCAGUUUCCCUGGGAGAAACUCACUUCAUUUCAAAGACUUAUUUUGAUUAAAAUCCUGAGACCAGAACAUUUAAGGAAUUCUGUGAGAAAGUUUGUAACUGAAAAAAUGGGAAAUGACUAUCUUCCCAAAACUGGGAUAAAUUUGAAAGAAUCGUAUGAGAAAUCAAGUUCCAGGACUCCAUUAAUAGUCAUUCAUUCUCAAGGCAUGGACCUCACAGACAGCCUCCUAAGAUUUGCACAGGAGUUGAAAGGAACCACAAGCCACGUGACCGUGAUUUCCUUGGGCCGCGGCCAAGCAUCUAAAACCGAAGACGUCAUCACGGAGGCCCUCACGAAAAGGGAGCAGUGGGUCAUCCUCCAAAACUGUCACUUAGCGGCCAAGUUCAUGCCCAGGCUUUGUGCCAUUGUAGAGUCACUUAAUGGUCCAGAUAUGAAAAUAGACCCUGAGUUUAGACUGUGGCUAACCUCCAAAUCAAACAGUUGUAUCCCAAUUCCUAUUCUUCAAAUGGGUGUGAAGAUUACCGUGGAUCCUCCCCAGGGACUGCAAAGUAAUUUGCUUCAGACAUUUGGCUACAGUGGGAAUGGAGAAAUAACAGAAGAAAUAUUCGAAAAACCUACCUGUGGACUGCAGUGGAAAAAGCUGUUAUUUACCAUGUGUUUUAUCAAUGCGGUGAUCAAUGAAAGGAGGAAUUAUGGGACAUCCGGCUGGAACAUUGCUUACCUGUUUAGUCCCUCAGACUUGGAGGUUGCCACAAAAGUGCUGGAAGACAUCCUGAGCCCAUGGUCUGUGGUUCCCUGGCCAGCCCUACACUACCUGCUGGGGGAAGUGGUGUACGGUGGCCAGGUGACAGAUCCCUGGGACAAGCGGUGCCUCAAGACCCUUCUUGACAGGUUUUGUACACCAGAAGUACUAAAAGAGGACUUCAGCUUCUCUUGUGAUGAGACCUGUCAGCACGUGCCACAGUCAGCCAGCCUGGGGGACUGCAUCCGUGUCAUCCAGUCCUUACCCGACGAGGACCCUCCCGAGGUCUUAGGGGUGCACCCUGAGGCCUCCAGGAGCUACAGGGAGACCCAGGGCCAGCAGCUGCUGGAGACCCUCAUCACCAUGCAACCGAGAGUACCCACUGCAUGCCUGCAGGCCAGUGUGAAGCAGAGUAACGACAGGCUGGUGACAGACAUGUUGCGGGACCUGCUGAGGCGGCUGCCGCUGACCGUGGAGAAGGAAGAGCGUGCCAGCCCUCAGAGCACACUGAAGGGCAUCAUGGCAAGCCCCAUCUGGGAGAGCCUUUGUGCCAACCGCAGCGGCCAUAAUUCCCCUGUGCGUUAUGCUUUGCUGACCUGCCUGAGGCAAGAAAUUGAACGGUUUGAUAAGCUGUUGUUUGUCAUACAUCAAUCUUUAGAAGAUCUUCAACUUGCUAUAAAAGGCAAGAUCAUCAUCACCCAAGAACUGGAGGAAGUCUAUGACUCUCUUCUGAGUGCGCGGGUUCCUCCAUUGUGGCAGAAACAUGCCUACGAUUCGCGUAAAGCCCUGAGUUCCUGGAUCUCUGAUCUCGUCCGACGACUGAAUUUCUUCAGUACCUGGGCCACCAAGGCUUUCACUGCGAUACACAGUCGCUCCAUCAGAUCCGUCUCGUCUCGGUCGCUGUCUGUCCCGUUAUCUAGCCAGACCUCCAGACCCAGAGCUGAGCCGGGAAGUGGAUCCUGUGAAGGGUUUCCAGCCCGAUACUGGCUGCCCGCUUUCUUCUUUCCGCAAGCCUUUCUGACUGCAGUGCUCCGAGACUACGGGAGGGCCCAGGGCAUCUCAGUCGACGCCCUGGCCUUUACUCACCAUGUGAUUCCCAAAGACGACACCGCCAGUGACCAGGAGUUCUCCCUAGUUGUCCACAGGGAGCUGGACAAAGUCAAGAGAGCCUUUAAGGGCUCGAGCCCAUCUGCCAAUGGGGUCCAUGUAUUUGGCUUUUUCCUCGAGGGAGCAAGGUGGAACCCUGAAGAAAAAACGCUGGAAGACUCGCUGCCUCUUGAGAUGUGCUGUGAUUUCCCAGACAUAUACUUUUUGCCAACUAAGAUUUCUACAGAAACAGCAGAUUCUUCAGGGCGGACAGAUGCAGCGCAGUAUACUUUUGAAUGCCCAGUUUACCAGACACUUAAGAGGUCCAGAGUUUUGACUACCGAUUCACCAACUAACUUUGUAACUUCAGUGUAUCUGCCAACAAAGAAACCUUCUAGUCACUGGAUCACAAUGCAGGUUGCCUUACUGUGUGAGAAUGAAUGA